UUGUUGUUGUAUUUUCUGGGCAGCGGCGGAGUUUCCAGCUGCUGUCGCUGUUUACGGACGCGGUGCGUACUUUCUCCGGGGGAGGCACUGCUUUAAUCACUCUAUUUGGAAUACAACCGCGCUUCAAGUCACUGCAAAAGUUGCCGGACAAGAGGAGUUACCGUUGGGUGAGGUGAAGAUGGUGGACCGGCUUGCAAACAGUGAGGCCAACUCCAAGCGGAUUGCGUUGGUUGAGAACUGCUUUGGUGCUGCGGGUCAACCACUGGCCAUCCCAGGCCGUGUGCUGAUUGGUGAGGGUGUCCUCACCAAACUCUGCCGCAAGAAGCCUAAGGCACGGCAGUUCUUCCUCUUCAAUGACAUUCUGGUAUAUGGUAACAUUGUCAUCCAGAAGAAGAAAUACAACAAACAGCACAUCAUCCCGCUGGAGAGCGUCACCAUCGACACGGUGCCAGAUGAAGGUGACCUGCGCAAUGGAUGGCUCAUCAAGACGCCCACCAAGUCUUUCGCUGUGUAUGCUGCUACUGCGACCGAGAAGUCAGAAUGGAUGAACCACAUAGGGAAGUGUGUUGGAGACUUGCUGCAAAAAAGUGGCAAGUCCCCGACAGGAGAACAUGCGGCUGUAUGGGUACCCGACUCGGAGGCUUCUGUGUGCAUGCGCUGCAAGAAGGUGAAGUUCACACCAGUCAGCCGCCGCCAUCACUGCAGGAAAUGUGGAUUUGUGGUUUGUGGACCGUGCUCGGAGAAGAAGUACCUCCUGCCCAGCCAGUCGUCCAAACCGGUUCGUGUCUGCGAGUACUGCUACGAGCAGCUGACGUCCGUAAACCUCCAGCAGCAUUCAGACUCCAUCACCCGGCCGGGGUCAAAGUUCAACAGCAGCAACCUGUCGGAUGAUGACGAUGACGACGACAGCAGUGACUGAGGAAUGUCCAGUUCUCCCUAUGGCCUGUACCAUCUCUCCGCCAUGGAGGAAGUACUCUGCUGAUUACAUUUUCUCAUUUUGUAUUGUUUUCCAUCCACGUGAUCAAAUCAAGAUCCACCGAGAUAAGAAUUCCAUAUUUUCCGGAUUAAUUCAUUAAUUCACUUCGGAAUUCUGGUCUCAUCUACAAACCAAAAUGUUUUACUUUUUUCUCUAAAUCCAGCAGGGAUAAAUAGUUUACUGAACGCAGUGAUUAGUCAGUCACUUGAGGAAUUGACUGGGUGACCAGCAGCACUUUGAGAUAAAGUCUUGACUGUUCAUCACAGCCCUUCUCCCUUCCCUUUUAAUUAGCUGUAAUUAGUCACUACAUAAAACAAAGGUGCUAGUGAGAAACUUGCCCUCUGCUCUGUAUUUAGCUUAAGUUAAUUUCUUCUUCCCUUUCUUUUUACUAUCUCUCUAUGGACCUAAACAAAGUAAUUGCUUAUAAUUUCUGCAGGGAAAAGCAAAUGUUUGGGCUCUAGCCUCCGUCUUUGGUUUCCUUCAGGUAUUACACCAAACAGGACUUUAUUGUAACAGAAUUCUGCACUAUUUUUAUAAAAUUGACUCCAGCAAAAUGAAAAGUAUCCCUUUUUUAUAAAUAUAUAUUGUGCUAAACCCAGAGCUUUUCUAAUGAACCUAAUAUUGCUGCUUUUGACAAAUCAACUAAAGCUUGUCUCACAGUGAGAGUUUCUCUUUUAACAACCAUUUAUGAAUGUUCUCAGAGGCUAACCCCAAAUACUUAUUCUGCCUUCUUCUAUACCCCGACAUAGUGCCUUGUAGAAAACAGCUCAGCCUUCAGCAAGAGGAGAAGUUAUUAGAUGAUGAAACCAGGUGGCAGAAAACGGGGACUUCAUGAUAGGUUCACUCUAAAACACAUUAUAGAGGAUGGAGUUGUUGUUUUGGUUUGGUGUGAAGACCGGGGUGCUUGCAGACCAGCCAUCAGAUGGGAAGGGUUCAAUUUGUUCCCAGAAACACUUGAAAGUCACUUAAACCAGACAGGCACCAGCUUUUCCAUUUAGCUGCUAGUGGGCAAUUUUUUUCACUAGACGAACCUAAUUGCCUUGUGUUUGCACAAUGCUUUAAAACCCAGAGCAUGAGAAGAAAAUAUUGGUGACGGAAACACACACCUUCCACCUUUCAGCAGAUGCCUUGUGUGGCACUUCCUUCCAGACAAGGUUGAUUGAACUCUAGUCGACAGGUGGGUUAGGCCUUGCAUUUUGCAUACCUGACCAUAACUGGGAAAUGUAGUUAAAUUUGUAAUACGUACACCAGUACUUUUUAUGUAGAGUUUACCUUUAUAAAUAAAUAACUGGCCUGAUACGUUAAUUUGUUCCCAUGCUACAAAAAUAAGCUGUUGCAUUGUCCCCUCUUGUGAAUAAUUAUACAACAUUUCCCACAGAUUUGGAUUUUAUUUUGGCUCGAUUGAAAGCCAAUGUAUGCUAAACCGUACCCUUCAUAAGGGGCUGUUCUGCGAAGAUUUUAAUCAAAUAGGGUGUGACGCACAUGUAGCAUUAAAAUCAGCAGCAUCCCCAUUGAGUCUUUCAUCCUGUUCAGCUGAUAGGCCUUGUUCUGUUCUGCAGCUUCAGUGAGCUCAAUGUUAGAGAGAUAAAUGGCAUUACAGCUUACAGUCACAGUGGCCCUAUGGCUUGCAGCAAAUCUUCAGAGCAGAACAGGGACUCCAGUUGUUGGAUGCAGUACAGGAGGGUGGUGCUUUAGUCCACUGGACUACCUAAACAUGAAACUCAAGCAACGUAAUGAUAUCAAAGUCCGUCACAACAGCAGAAUGACCAAAAUAGCCUCUUGAGCAACAUGAGACUGGAAGACCUUUGGAACUGAACUUUCAAAAUAAGAGCAGGGUACCCACUACCAAAAUCAUGGAUGGUGUCGUUCCCUCAGAUCAAUGGAAAAAAAUUAAAUGGGCUAAAGCGAGUUGCAAAAUAUACUUGGCUGUUAAGUGUCUGCUGUAACACUGCUACAACUUGGGUUUAGUAUCACAUCAUGGGCAGAGUACAGUAGAAACAAAAGACAAUAAGUGGCGUGGGCUACAUGCUCAGUUGUAAAACAUUUAAGUUGCUGGAGUGGGUAAAGGCAAAUGUUUAAAGUUUUUUGCAACUUAUUGGAUUUUUGAUUUAUCUGUCAGGUUAGUAAUUUUCUUUGUGGUAUAAAAACAGAUUAAUGUAAUCUAAUGCCUCACAGAGAGGUAGCGAGCAGCAGUUCAGAUUCUGUGUUUGCAUUGUUAUUGUUUAACAGUCAGCUAAUGCCUCCAGUAAAUGAAUGAAAUUAAACGCAAUGCAAUAAUAAGGACGUUUUAGGGCCUGGUGUGUUUUCUUUUGUCACACGACUGUGUGUUGCACCUUAUUUUGUGUAAUUCUUCCCUGCUCGGCUGCUGAGCAGGUUUUCUGGAAUGAAUGUCAGGAAAUCAGCGUGCUGUCUUCCUGUCACUUACUCUUCACUGUGCUGCUCUUAGGUCAGAGGGCAAUACUGUGUCAUAAAACAAACACACCUCUUGAAUCCUGCUCCUCUGCCAAGCUAGCAUGACAGUCCAUCCUCCUUUCUUUCCUUCCUUCCUUCCUUCCUUCCUUCUGUAAUUCCCUCCAUUUUCUGUACCAGAACUUUCCUAUAGAAAGCACAGCUCACUGAUCAUGUGAUGCUGUGUGCUUAUUAAGUCAUGUGAUCACAUACUGAACAAGGAACUGAAAAAAGCUCCUUUGGGGAAUUGACUACCUGCUACAGCCUGCAGAGAAUUUAGGUUCAGUUAUCUUACCAGAUGUUAAUGUUGUCAGUUUCAGCGUGGGUUUCUGUUCUCAGUGGGUCCUCUGAAGAGUUUAAUUCCUCAGACCAACAGUUUCCAGAUAAACAGCACUCGAAAUUGACUCUGAAUUCAUAUUCCUUCAUGUCAGUUUAUGUAGUGAGCCUCUCCACGUUGUCAUUAAUUUCCCAGUAUUUCUAACCCAAGCUUGUAUUUGGAUACUGAUCAGUCUGUGCCUGCGCUGUAUUCAGUCUUCAGGCUCUUUUUGUACUGCUCGAGGUCUCAGGUUUGUCAUUGUGAAAAUGCGCUUGUAGCAUCUUAACCCAGAUCAAGUCAGGAUACCCCCCCUGUUCUGUUUCCCUGUAUCAGUGUAUGUCAGCUCAGAAUAGCUGACAUUUUUAUCAGAUUGGCACAUCUUGGUUCUUAAACAGGUGUUCAAACCAUAUGUGGCUUUGUGUAAAAACAUGUUAGGGGGUUGUUUGAGGUUUGACAACACUCAGCUUCACAAUACUGAAAAAAAAUUUUUGCAACCCUGGAAUUUUUUUUUUUUUUUUGGUCAGUCACAAGAAAAGCAGAAGGCAUAUGUUACAAAGUCGUAUGCUAGGAAUGUGUUAGCACGCCAGGUAUUUCACCUAUUAUGAUUCAGCUGAACAAGUAAUCUUAACACAUUGUGAAAACCUGUAGCAGUGUAAAUGCAGACAUCAGCAGCUUGAAUGAGAACAGUCUUUUUAAAUAUGCUGUUGUCAGUGUAAAAGUCACCAUGACGUCAGUGAAGACUAAAGUGCGUCUGUUUGAUCAGAUGACUGAAAAAGUCCAAACGCCUCAUAUGGGGGACAGCCUGUCACGCCCAGCUCCAUCCAAGCAGGCUCUCACUCACAUGAAUCUUAAUUUUCACAGACUGAGUGAAAGUGUGAACUUUGAGAAAAAUCAGCAUGUUUUUGGAAGUUGUCUUCCUGUUAAAUAGAGCACACUAACGGCUUCAUGUUCUUGAAACUCCUCAGAGAUGUUUAUUUAAAACAUUAAAAGCCAUGGGUUGUAUCUGAGCGCACUCGAGUCAGGACUGCAAACAGAAACCUCAGAAGGGAUUUCUCUCGUGUGUGGGAUAAAACAAAAGUAGGAUAACAAGUUUGUGCUGCUUGUAACAAAAGCUGAACCUUUACUUUUACAUGCAACACCUCUGUGUCUCCAAAUGAUUUCCUAUAUUUUGACUUUCUACCCAGAUAUAUGAUAAGAUUGCAGCAUUAAGCAACUCGAUAAAGCAGCAGAACAGGAACAAGAAAGGGAGAAUUUUCUUUUUAUGUCUUUGAUCUUACAGAUUAAACUUUGUGAUAUUGUUACUGCAAUAAAAGCAACCUCAGUGAUAAGAGAAAUGACCGUGUUAAUGAUCACUAACAAGCUGUCCUUUAUCCUCACUGGGGCGGUGGUGCUCAUGGGAAGACGAUGACUUCGUCAAAUCCAGGAGCACAAAGUCCGGCCUCAGGUUUGCUGUGGAUUGCACUUAAAGUCGGCGCAUGGACUCUCAUCCAGGUGGUUACCACAUACUGUCAGAUCCACAGUGACUCUGGAUGUUUUAAAAUGAAUCUUCGUGUUGUUGUAAUCCUGUUGACUUUUGUACAUUUGUACAGAUUUCGUUUUUUGAGGUGUUGUAAUGUUUUUGUUGUACAAUUCUGAUCAGAUUCUGAAAUGACGCUGUCUCAAGUCUCUUUGCGCUCAGCCUUCCUCGUCUGUCACUUCAGCAGCAUCUGCAGCUUUUUAACACACGCUCACCGGUGGGAAAGUGUCUGUAGCAGAUUGAUCACAUUCACCAUCCAGCCAGAUGUGUAAUUUCAGAACCCCUGUUCCUCAGGGAGGUCACCAGCAGCCGGCAUAGAUUCAGUGCCUCUUCAAAGACAGAGUUUUGAUUUCCUGUCUUUUUUUUUUUUGUUUGUUUUGUUUUUUUAUCAGAUGCACUUAACCUGGUCAGCUGACUUUCUCAAACUGAUUAGUUAGGUCCCAGUCACGCAGGGCUUAAGACUGGUUGGUGACCACCUGUCAACCACUGGUUGCUAGGGAAGAAUAGUUUUGCCACGACACAUUAUUGCUGGUAAUUAGUGUAAUCGCUGGGAGGCUUUUGGAGCUGUACCCUCCUUUUAACCAAUUUCACCCAGUGACAGCCAGCAACUUCCAGUAACCACUUGUAGCAACCAAAGGUUGCCAAGGGGUUGCCAACCAGUCUCUAGGCCCGUGUAACUGAAGUUGGAGGAACCUCAGUGAACUAAUUUCUGUUGGGGAACUCUGAUUUCCUGGUAGUAAAGGAUGGAAGUCUUUUAUUUAAAAUGUCUCAUUCCAAAGUUCGACGAAAACUGAAACAGACUCCAGAUUCUGAAAAUCCCGUCUGACUACGUUAGUCUGAUGCAGAUGCACAAAAAUGAGAAACCUGAUAUGGAGUAAGUCUUACAAAAUCUGCAAAUGGUCACUUGAGUGCGUAUAAAGACAGUGGCUGUCUUCCCACAGAGCAGUGUGAUCCUUUUGCAGACUGAAAUAUAAACACAAAAACAUCUAAAUGUUGGCUGAUUGAAAAUGUCACACUUUGCUGGUUUUAUUUUUUCCUCACUUCUUUUCCUGGUCAGAACUUUUGUGCUUUAAAUGACAGUGUCCAGCUGUUUGUGUGUUCAUGCUCUGGGCAACAUUAGUGAUGGUGGUACUGUUUGUGCUGAUUAUAGACUGAAGGGUUCUGAUUACUUCUCCAAAGCAUUGAUUAAGAAAAUGUCACAUGUAAACAAAUUGUUUUGAUUUUCAUUGUUAUUUGGAGGAUAUUUUUUCCUUAAAUAGCCCGUUGAUAAAACUAAUGCAGGGAAGGGCAUGUUGAUUAAAAAAAAAAAGAAAACCUUCAACUCAAAGAGCCAAUAUAACACUUGUUGCUUUUGUCUUUAAUGGAAGUUUUCUUCUUUCUUUUUAAGCUGAUCGCCCCUCUGCUGCAUUCAGACGAUCCUCUUAUUCAGAAAGCUCUAAAAUUCUCUCUUGAGCGUGUGACCUUUAUGAUGUAUUUAUGGGUCAUGAACUGGCAAAGCAGUGAAAAGGUCAAUGGUGGCUGUAAAUAAUCGAAACCUAACAUCUAGUGUUUGUUCUUAUUUGUAGUGUGGAUUUAUGGCUGGAAGCUGUGCAGAAAAUUGAUUUGUCAUGAUUUUCUUGGCAGUUUGCAGCACAAAUCUCAACCUUCAGUGGAUUUGAGAAAGGCUGAGUCAGUCGCAUUACUGCAGAGAUAAUUAAAGCUCAGAUUAUACUUUUUGUGGUCAUUUUGCUGUGAGCUUGUGCCUCCAUGAGGACAGUGCGAAGUCACUGUAUACACAUGUCCAGACUUCAGCACCAAAUAUAAGAGGAAACUAGCUCGUGGCUCAGCCAGUCCAGAGGUGAAACACUAAGGCCAUCCAUCCAUUCAUUUUCUUCUGCUUAUCCAGUUCAGGGGCUGAUUGUUUUUAUGCUCAGUCAGUAACCAAACAGUAGAACUUCAGCUUAUGUUGCUCACAGUGUGAACCAAUCAGUGAUGGGGAUGACAUCUAAAGCGCUGCAGAUCCUGAGCUUGUAACACAAACAUUUUCCUGAGGAGGCGACUUGGGACAGCUGAAAGAAAGAUCAUUGCUUUCUGUGAUCUUUGGUUUUGUUGUGCAAAUGUUUUUUUUUUUUGUUGUUAAAUUUCAUUUUUUUCCUCUAGUUUUGUGGGUGAUCUUUAAAAAGGGCUUCAAUCAGAAUGUAACCCAGCAUAUCAUCUUCAAUGCUAAUUCUUUAAGAAUUCUUUUAGUACCUGUUACAUAUAAAUAAUGUAUUGGUUAAAGCUGUUAGCUGUUGUGUCAUCUUUAUUUGCCUGCUUUCUGACAGAAAAAAAGGAGUGGGGGGCAUAGAUUAAAAAUAGAUUUCAUCAUUAUUAAACCUGAUUUUGCAUUAA